AUGGCCAUCGGCACGCUUUUAGGCUUGAUAUGCGCCCUCCUCGUGAGCUUAGCUGUCGGCCAAGUCAUAUACGCCCUAUUCUUGUCGCCGUACCGAAAUGUCCCAGGGCCGAGGCUUUGCAAAAUUACGCGCUACUGGGCCGUCUACCAUGACAUGUGGUUACAACGCAUCGAAAAGAUUUACGAGUGGCAUCGCAAAUAUGGUGACGUUGUUAUGGUUGCGCCAGGAGAAGUCUCCUUCUCCAACGCAGCGCUGACCAGAGAGAUCUACGGCUCUACUGGGCGCCACCCCAAAAGUAAAUACUUUGACAACUUCCUCAUGUAUGGCGAACGACCCAUAUUUUGUACACUGGAUGUGAGAGAGCAUCGCCAAAUGCUCAAGCGUACGUUUGCCUUUUACCAGCCGACUACGCUCUACAAGCCGGCAAUGCUGGAGCCCCUGUGGACCAACGUCAGGAGGUUCCUCGACCAACUCAAGAGAGAUAUUGCGGUGAAUCCCACCGUGGACGUCCUGCUGCACUGCAACUUUUACUCGUUUGACAAUAUAACAAACUUGGUGUACGGUCCGAAGCUCUGCGCGCGCACAAUCGGGGACGCACAAUGCGAGGAGCGGAAGAUACUGGAGGGCUGGAAGGAGGUUGAAGUGUGGAACAAUCUCUCGUACAAUUUCCCUCUGGUUCACAAGAUGAUCAGGACGGCUGUGUCCUACGCCAGGAAAGACCCGACGUUUCUGUCAGCCGAGGAGAGGUUGACCGACUGGAACAUGGAAAAGAUUGAGUCUGCCAGGCGGGAUCCGGACAAGAUGGUUGCCGGCUCUCUGCUGCACCAGCUGAGCAACAUGAAGACGCCCGACGGGGAGCCGGUCCCCGUGUCAUGGAUCGCGGCCGAAAUGCUGGACAACAUCCAUGCCGCUCAAACCACGGUAGCCCUCUCGCUCACCUACACCCUUUGGAAUCUGGCCUGCCACCCCCAAUGGCAGGGCCGCAUUCGCGCAGAGCUUCUUGCGCUGCCGCCCAAGGAAGAUGGCCGGCCCAGCUUUGACGACAUCAUGGCGGCCCCAACUCUGGAUGCUUGUUUUCGGGAAUCUAGCCGACUCAAUCCCUUGUCGAGCGGGAGGGCAGAGAGGGUAGUGCCUGCUACCAAAGCUUAUGACGGGGUCGUGCUCCCGGCCGGAACCGUUGUAUCAACGUCGACUCUGACGAUACACCAAAGGUCAGAUAUCUUCUCAGAUGCCCACGCUUACCGGCCUGAGCGCUGGCUGGAGGCCGAUGAAGCGACUCUACGUGCCAUGGAGUCAUGCUACAUGCCGUUUGGGUACGGCGCGCGUCUCUGCCUAGGCAAGGCAUUUGCUGUGGCCGAGAUCAAGCUCUUGAUCGCGGGUAUCGUGAUGGAAUUCGGACUGUGGGACGAUCCUCAGUCGGCCACGACGCACAAGAGUAUGGAGCAGCUGGGGACGCAGAACGCCAUGCCGCGAGGACGGCGCUGUGACCUGGGCUUCAGGCUGCUGACGGACUGGGAACGAUCGUGUGGCAAUUGUACCCUAAGCUCGCCGUGUUGA